GUAAUACUCAAAAUGAAAAAUUCUGGAUACGCGUUUAUUUGCUAUGCGUUGGCCGUUAUUUUCAUGUUGGUCAUACAAGUUGAUAUGAUCCAAACUGUUGAUGAAUGUGAAGCAGGUCUUAUAAAGUGCUCAGACAACGCGUUAUGCAAAGACAUUGACACAAAUAUUAAUGGCACAGCAAAUUGCACAUGUAAAGAAGGUUACACUGGAAACGGGAGUUCUUGUGAUGAUAUCGACGAAUGCGAAGGAGAAACUCAUUGUCCUUUGGGCACCUUGUGUACUAAUGUACUCGGAUCAUAUCAGUGCACAAGACAAGAUAAAGUGUGGUGGUACGAACACUGUCCUCAUCCAACAGAGGACGAGGACAAAUAUGAAUUGCCAGAAAGACUCGUGACCAUUAGUUUUUGGAUGCUUAUUGGCAGUAUGGUGUUGUUCUUUCUCGCUCUAUUUUAUUUAUACAAAGUAGCUCCGUCAUCAUAUAAGCUGUUUAAACUGGUAACUGUGUGACAAAAAUAAAUCUGGAAGCAUUUCUGCAAAUUUGAUAGUUAAUUGGUUGAUGUAUUGUAUGAAAUUAAAUUGUUAAAGAAGGCUUUUAUUUCUGAAUCAUAAGGUAACCUACACUAAUGUCAUAUUUUGCCUGGUUCUAUGUAGUAAUAACUGAAGUUUAUCUGUCAAGCUCAGUUUAAGUAAAUACUAAGUUUAAAUGACAUUAUUCAAAAGCAAAAGAGAGUAUUUUCUAUUAAAUUUGCUGAUGAAAAUUUUGGAAGAAAUAUAUUGCAUUUGUCCUUCUUUUUUAUUUCAAUACAUAUUCUCCUAAAAA